UUCGGAAUUUCUUUCAUCUCUUCGAAAUGCGUGUCCUCGUGGUUCUAUUUGUGGCAACAAUGAUGGCUGGAGGGUCCCACGGCUUUCUGGCAAAGAAGAUCUUCUUAUCACAAGCAGCUGCUGCGAAGGCCGGUCUGAUAGAGGAUCUGAAGUCGGCGGUUGCAGACUUCAAGACUGGAGCUCUCUUAAAGAAGAACGCCGUCGUCGACGGCCUUAAGGCGGUGGGAGGAGCCAAGCUUAAGGUCAUCACAGGAGUCAAGGAAGCCAAAAUCAACGUUUUGAAAUCCAUUGCGGCGGCAAAAUUGGCGAAGAUCGCUUCCUUGAAGGCUGCAAAACUGACUUUUGCCAAAUCUCUGCUGGCGGCGAAAUUAGCUCCUUUGGAGGCAAAAAAGAGUUUCCUGGAGAACAAGGUCCACCUCUUCGAGAAAUUCACCGGAAGUCACGUGCCAUCCAAGCUGGAUUUCUUGAAGGAAGGACACGGACAGUUGGCGAACUUCUUUGGCUCGGUUCACGAUUUCAGUGAUAAGUUCGAUCCGAAGAAGAUUGUGGAGAAACUUGGACUCGGCUUUCCUCAGCUGUUUCCUGCGCCUGGAAAACCAACUGUCAAGAUAGAGACUUAUAAGUCCGGUGACGUCCCUUUUGUUGGGGGCUUCUAUCCUCCUGAGGUCCAAAAACCGGCACCGGUGUAUGGACCACCUUCUACGGCAUAUGGCGUGCCUGAAUAUCGCUCUAAUAAUUCAUAA